AACAGAAAAAUUACAUUCUUACGCGAUUUCAUCCUUGAACUUGAACUUUCCGUUUUCAAGAUCAUUCUCGCUGGAUUAUUAUGAAACACGUGUGUGGAAUCCUUUUGUGUUUUUUGCAUCUUUAGAAAUCUGUGUGUUCAAUUGGGACUGUUAAAUUGUAAUAUCGACUUGAAAAAACUGGAUUUAGAUUGACAAUAAAAUUUUUGAAAGCUAUAAUAUUUGAAUGAACCAAAAAUGGAUGAUGACAAUGCAGAUUUGAAAGCAAAACGUUAUAAGUUAACGUUGGAUCCAAAUUUUCAGCCAGAACAGAUUUCUGAUAAAACUUUUAAGAGAUGGAAAAAUGCAUUUAAAACAACACUCGAAGGAAAAAGUGCUGUUGGACCUAGUCAUGAACAUAAAGAGUUAGUUGAAAAACCUGAACCUAGUAAUCUUAAUUCGGAUGGCUUGAUGUUGUGCGAAAACAACUUUCUUGAGAACGACAAUUUGAGUAUUGAGGAAGUCUUUUGCAGCUCUUCUGACGAUCAUGAUGAUGAUGAUGAUGACAUUGAUUUUCCUGAAAGAAAUUCACAACAUGCAGAACAACAACUUCCUGACCAGAAACCUUCUGAGUGUAAAACGACUUUCAUUGAGGAUGGUGACAAAAUUAUGUUUAAACAAUCUGGAAUAACUGUAAAAGAAGUGGUUGAAAUGGUUGUAGCGUAUAACUUAAGGUUUGGCGAUUCGCAAGAAGCUCGACAAAUGCUAAUAGAAAUGAUAAAAAUUUUUGCAGGUCCAGAAUUUUCAAAUUUUAACAUUUCCAAUUAUUCACUGUCUAAAAUAUUUGACCCACCAUCUGAAAAAAUUAUUUAUCAUUUCUAUUGUCAAAAAUGUACUGACAAGGUUUUGUACAAAUCAUGUAAAAAGGGCAUAAAAGGAAAAAAAGUUUUAUGUGAAACUUGCAAAAUGGAAUAUACAUUAACACUUAGCAAUCCUAACUAUUUCGUAGGGAUAGAUUUAGAAUAUCAGCUGCAAAUGUUUUUAGAAAAUGAAGAGACUGCGAAAUAUUUUAUUCCAAAAAACACAGAUUGUAAUUCAAGCAAAGGUAAUAAGAACUUCAUGCGCGAUAUUGAUGACAGCAUUUUGCAUAAAAGUGCCAUUGAAAAAUAUGCGGCAACAAUCACUUAUUUAAUAAGUACAGAUGGUGCACCUUUAUUUCACAUUUCUAAACGAGGUUUUUGGCCCCUUCAAAUCAUUCUAAAUAAUUUACCCGUUCAUCUGCGAUUUAAAUUUGUUUUACUGGUAGGUCUUAUGAUUGUUAAAAAUGAACCCAAACCAAAUCUAAUGAAUUUGUUUAUAAACGCAUUUAUCGAACAGGCUAAUCAUUUACAUUCAAAAGGGAUGAAAGUCAAAAUUGCACAUCUCGACAGCGAAAUUGAAAUACAUUUUACACCAUCCGGUGCAGUCGCAGACUCGGUCGCUCGCCCUAUUCUUCAAAACAGAUUACAAUUUAAUGGAUAUUUCGGUUGCAGUUUCUGCUACCAACGAGGAGUAUUUAUUUUUAAAAUUGGGUUGAGGUAUCCUUUCGUAUCUGAAGAACCGGAACUGAGAAGUCAUACUUCUCACAUGAAAGACAUCGCUUGUGCUAAAGAACAAGGCUCUUUUUUUCAAGGAGUUAAGGGCGAGUCAGCUUUUAUUGAUCUUGCAAAUAUAGACAUGGUUUGGAGUUUCUCCCUCGACUAUAUGCACAAUGCGGUUCUUGGAGUAACAGAACAAAUUUGGAAAAAAUGGAUUAAGGAAUUAACAGCUGAACAGCGCAGAGAAAUAGAUGAGUUACUUCUUCUUCAAAAACCACCACGAGAUUUACACAGAAGUACUGAAAAAAUAUCCUCAAAAAGCAUUUGGAAGGCGACGCAUUGGAGAUCAUGGCUGCUAUAUUUUUCAGUACCAAUUUGUUCCUUGUAUCUAAAAAAAAUUGAGUUGUUAGAGCACUAUAUUCUGUUUGUUAACAGUAUGUUUGUUUUGCUGGAAACCGAAAUUUCCUAUGACAAAUUAGACAAAUGCGAGCAAGAUCUAAUGACUUUUGUUGCUCUUUACGAAAAUCUGUACGGUGUUGAAAGUAUGACGUUCAACAUUCACGUUUUGUUGCAUUUCGUUAGUUCCAUUAAAAAAUCCGGUCCUCCAUGGGCAACUUCUGCGUUCCCAUUUGAACACAAUAUUUAUUUCUUAAAGCAGACUAUCAGUGGCCCGAAAAGCGUAGAACAACAAAUGUCUGUAAAGUCAUUGAAUCUUUUGAAAUAUCGUCUUCGACCGCAGAAUAACGAUAUCUCCGAGAAAGCGAGUAAUUAUUGUAAAACUAUUUUUUCGUCAAAAAUUGUCAGUAAAAAUGCCGUAAAAGUAAAUGAUGUAACAUUUUAUGGUCCAGAUCCGACGAAUAUUUUUGAAUCUGUCACCGAAAAACACUUCGAAAGAUGUUUCUUUAAUAACUGCAUUUUUAGCAGUACCAUUUACAGUCGUUCAAGAAAAUUCAAUGACACACGGAAAAAACAAACUAACUAUUUUAGCACCAAACUGCUUUAUCCUUUAUUAGUAUGCAAUUUCGUUUACCUAUUAAAGUAUGAAAUAAUGCUUUUUUAGUUUAAAGUAAGUCCAUACUAAAUAAGUAUAAUGGUUAUACUCUUUUAGUAAUAGUGACGUACUUUAAAAGCAUAAAGUUGAUGCCCGCGAAGUACGACAUAUAGUCUACCUAAAAUAGCAAGAGCUUCUUCCUUUUUGGUGUAUAAAUUCUUGCAACCUGCGUUUUGGCCUAUAUCGAUAUAUCAAUGGUUGGAAAGAGAAGGAGGCGUGG